AUGAAACAAUAAUACAUCAAUUAAAAUGAGUCUAUAUUAUAGGGAUAAAAUAGCAGAAAUAUCCAAGACAUAUAAGAUAUUAAGCAAUUGAAUAGUUCUAAAUUUAUUUCUUCAAGUAAAGAAUCUUUUAGUUAAAAGUAGAACUCUCGCAAACAAAGUGGAGAAACAAUAUUUGGCAAUGAUUUUUUUGGGAAUACUAUUGAUACAUGUAUAGAUACAAUAGAAGAAUAAAGUUUAAAUUAAGUAAAUGAUGAUAUUAUAAAUGAUUACCAAAAUGAUUAGUUUAGAUCUAUGUAUGAUAAGCAAAAAACUCCUACUAACUUUUAUUCAUCAUUUAGAAAUUACCAGUCUGAUAAAUCAAGCAUAUUUUAAAGAUUUAAUAGCAACCUAUCAUAAUAAGACAGUUAAAAAACUAACAACUAGAAGUUUAUCCUUGAUUAGUCUCAAAACAAUCUUAGCAUUAAUAAUAAGAAAAAUUAGCUAACAGGAGAUAGAGAUGAAGAUUUAUAUCCUUAACUUAAUAUCUUAAGAAAGACUUCUUCAAUUUUAUUAAAAAACAAUUUGUCUUUAAAUUUAAGUAGUAAGCACUUAUCUGAGCAAUAAGAAAAUAAAAAUCUAUCACUUCUUUCAAGUAAGCGAACUAUUAAAACAGAAAAGUCUGAUAGUUAAACUGAAGAUCGUAAUUAAAGUGGAUUAUACAAGUUACAAAGAAUGUUAAAUGAAGAUAAAAUAUAUUUUGACAAAAAAAAUAUAGAGAGCUAAAAUCCUUAUUUUAGUUUGUAGAUAAGUUAAAAUGGACUGGUUAAAUAAAAAAACCCAGGAAUUAAGAGAUAAAAUACAAUGCUGCUUAAAAAAGCUAAUCUUAUAGAACAAUAAAAAGAACUAUCUACUCCCAAAAACCAUUUAAACGUAGCAGAGCAUAACUUUUCUCAUAGCUCAUCAACUUUUAAGGAAUCAAUUAGAAGUGAUAAUUCAAAAGUUAAUUAACAGAAUCAAAGUGAUUAAUAGAUAAGCUAAGAACAAUAAAUAGAAAAUUAAUUUUAAUACAGUAAUAAAGAAUAAUAACAAUAAUUAUAGUAAUAGUAAUACUAGUAGUCAUAAAAUAGCUAAGUGGAAUAAAAUGAAAGCAUUAACAAACUUUUUUUAUUUUACAAUACUUAGGCUAAAAAAAAAAAAAAUGCUGACCAUGAAAGAUUUCAAAAAAGAAGAUAGAAUGAAACAAGGAUUUACAAUGAAUUCGAGCCUAGACUGAAAACAUUUACUAAAUUUGGCUUUAAGAUGAUUGAGAAAGAAUAAAAUGAUUAUUUGAAGCCUUUUAUGAGAGAGUUUUAAGCUAAUGAACCCAAAGGAACAAUGUACGUGUCUGAUUUGUGGUCUGAUGUAAACAUUUUAAAGUUUUUAGGUAAUUGCAGAAUGAUCAGAGAUAAAUUAGUUUUAAUCAAACUAGCUUAAAAAUAUUAAUCAAGAGAAAAUCUACUUAAAUAAAUUAACAAUUCUAAUUAGCUUUACUUUUCAAACGGCAGAGUAACCUAGCAAGAAAUGUACAAUAUCUCUUCAAUUUUAAAAAAGAUAUACUCUGAAAACAAAUAAAAAGGGGGUAGUAGUUCAGGCCAUCAUACUCCAAGAACGCCAGGAAAAGAAAGAGAUAGUUUACUAUUUGGUUAAAAAGCAAGCAUUUUAAACCGAAAAGAAGAAUUAAAUCUAAUGAAUACUAUCCACAUGAAUGAAGUCAAAAAAUCACAUUAAAAAAUCUAAGAUAAAACGUUAAUUGAACCAUUUUAGCAAAAGAUUUUUGAUAAGAAUAAAAAAUCAUAUCUAGAGUAAUUACAAUAGAAUUCCAAUAGAAGACUUUCCAAGCCAAAAACUGAAUUAAUUUCAGAAAGCUUACUUUUAAAAAGCCAAUAGCACAAAGACCCAUUAAGCAAAAAUAAUUUAUAUAAAAGUAGCUAUCCCAUAAUUCACAAGCAAGCAAAAUCUCAAAUUUUAAAUAAAAUAUACGACAAAUAAGAUUUAUAAUUUAAUAAUAUGAAAUUUAAACCUUUGGAUGUUAUGAAUACAAGUCAAAAAUAAUUUGAUUUAGAAAACUCUUAAGCUUUAAGUGAUUCAAGAAAACUAAGUCUAAAAAAUGAUAAAUCUUUAUAAUUGAAAAUUAAGAAUUAGUAGUAAACGAAAAUGAUGGAGUGGAUUGACUAGAUAGAUUAGGAAAUAAUAGAUAAUGAUUAACUAUAUGAUUAGCUAAAUAGGCACAUCGAAAAGCUAUAAGAUGUAAUUAUAAAAAGAAAUGAUGAAUAUAAUUCUGAUUAAUGA